UGAAAGGAGACUAUCAAUUAUGGCAGACGCACCAGUUCUUCGGCCUGAAGGCAUUCCAACAAUAUUUGGUGAUCUGGAGGCAAAGAGCAUCACCUUCCUUGUGGACACCUCAGGUAGCAUGUAUCCUUACCUAGAGGUUGUCAAGGAGCAUCUGGUAGAGGUCCUUCUGGCUCGUUCUUUCAAGCGCAAUGACUCAAUGUUCAACAUCAUGGAAUUCUCCUCUGAGGUGGUCCCGUGGGCAGACUGCAUGGUGAAGUGUACCCCCCAGACUGUAACGGUGGCGGCUGAAUGGGUCAAAAAUCUGGGAUGCAAGACAGGAACAAACACCUUGGAUGCCCUUCUGGCUGGAUUUGCAGACCGUGCCUGUGAGGCUUUGUACCUUGUCACAGACGGACUUCCCGAUCAGACCCCAGAGGAAAUCCUUCAACACGUGGCAUUGGUGAGUGAUGGCCGCCCGGUUCAUGCCAUUUACCUGGCCGGUGGAAUAGCAGACCUCCCUGCUUGUGAAUUUCUCACCUUUCUUGCAACAGAAACAGCGGGGACCUUCCAGACAGUCAGGCUGUCGAGCAAGGGCUCGAUAGAGGAAGUCAAAGUAGUUGUUUGUUCUGACCAUGCUCCGCCACAAAUCCCAAAUCCUCCACCAACAACUCUAGAUAACCCACCAAUGAGGAAUGUCAAAGUGUAUGACGUGUCGGCAGGAAAUGGCAUACCAGCAACCAGCAUCAAGACAACUCUGCCGAAUCUUCCAAGAUCAAACACUGUAACCUACGUCGACCAGUCUGAUGAAAUGGCCACAAAAAUGUGCAGCGUGACAACGUCAGUAGACCAUGAUCCUGCUGAGCAGCGACUCAUCUCGGUAGAUGACAUUCCGACAAGGGUCAUUCGGACAGAAAACGUUCAGCUGCGUUACCCAGACCUCACAUGGGAGACAUACCGGCCCACGGCCAAACUUGUGCGAAAGCUUCUGGCAAACGCCGACAGUAAUUCGGUGACUGGUGGCGUUCUCUUGCAAGGCAUGAGGGUCCUGGCCAGACGAGAUAAAGAUGGCUUCUAUUGCCUGGGAUAUGUGAAACAACAGGUACAUGUGACAGCCAACCACACCUUCCUGAUUGAGUUUGACAAAGAGCCCAGGUCAAAGGCACAACCGCAGCUUCAAGAGACAGCAGUCUAUGAUAUCAUUUCAUACAAUGAUGCGUCGAGGCAUUCAGUAGCGGCUGGGGACAAGGUCUUGGCACCUCAUGGGAAGUUGCAGUUUCGCUACGCCCCUGGGAGUGUACUAGAAGGUCUUGAGGGGAGGUCAUCAGGCUGUGCUGCAGAUUCUGAAGGUCUUGUUGUCAGUUUCUUUGACGGAAAAACAGAGAAGAUAUCCAAGCACACAUCCAUCUGGAUUCCGCUUAAGUUGUACGAGAGGAUCAAACUGGAAAUACAGAUGCCCAUCACUGCCAGGCAGUACCUUGUCAACAAUCCUUACUACCCAGUCAUGCUACCCCCAGGGUACAACUCCAGGACAGGGGUUGGAACAGGGUACCUGUCCAAAACCACUGCAGGAGCUCAGGAGACUGGCUACCUGAUGGGUGGUUACGAGGCUGUGGGCAAGUACCCUGUUUAUGUUCCCGUCUACCCCGACGAUUCUCCCGCGUUUGGAUUCCGUAUGCCGUCAGUAAGGGAGAGUAUUGUUAAGAGCGAGGAGGUGCAUAAACUCAUCCCGGGCACUAAUCUGACCAAAGAGGACCUGAACCGCAAGGUGAUGCAGCAGCUGAUGGACCACAAGAUGAUCCCAACGAUGCCGGAGGUCCCCAAGGCAUCUGGGGAGACAAGGCAGAGGGUGUCCCCACCACAGUCGGGAACCUUGCGUAAGAGUGUCUCAUUCCAAAAGGAAGAGGGGGAGAUGGACUCGGGUAUCGGGUCCUGUACUGCUGCUCCGGGCGUGGCCAAUGAAUUGCUGUCGGAAUCAGAAUCAGAGGAUGAGGAAAAGGAUGAAAAUGUAAUUGAGACUGGUACUCAGACGCUAUCACUUAGGGACUCAGGUGUCGGUACCGACUACAGCCUUCUGUACAACUACCACCCGGAUACUUCUUUGGAUGAACGCCCUCCUUGGCGGUACUGGAACCCCAACUCCAAAUCGUCUCGCCCCUCAUCUCACAAGAAUUCCAAAGCCAAGCCCUUUCGUGAUACAGUCCUGAGUGCACCUGCGGAGGCCAGGGCACAACCGAUCUUGGCAGAGCCCAUCACAGCAUUUUCCCAAGCCCAGGAUCAGGCCUUGUUGGACAGCAUUGACCAGGAGAUCAGGACCGACCGGGCCCAGCUGGAAUGGAUCCAAAGACACCCUCAUCCCCCUCUCCGGCCCCCUUACGACCCCGAAGUGGACAUGGGCCCGGUCAACCGCAGCAGUGCCUUCAACACGGUCAACCACCAGAUCAAGAGUGAUCGGGCCCAUUUGGAGUGGAUACAGAAACAUCCCCAUCCACCCAAUGGUGCCACGAGGCAGCAAGUGAUCCCAGCUCAUCGGAAAAUUGGUAGUCGUGACAUGGUCCGUGAGGCCAAAGAAAAGGCCUACCUGGAAUACAGACGAAACCAGGUGAUGCAGAUGGAGGCCCACUUUUCCCAGAUGGAGAUGGACGCCAGACGGGUGAAGGAAGCCAAAGAACAGAGAUGCAGGGCAUCAGUUGCCGUUGAGGAGUCCCUAACAAUGCGAUAUGACACCGCUCAAGCCACACAAGUCACAGAUACUGUGACCUCAGAUCAAAUACCUGAAUCUGAAAUCAUGUAUCCAGAUAACAUGUCACACAGUACACAGCCCACAACUCAAUCUUAUAAAUGUAUCACUGAUGGCUCUCAGCCACUUACGAAAACAAGAGAAAAACUCACUGUACGGGAUGUAGUUUUUGGUGAGAGAAAGACCCUUACACCGCCACCUGCUACCAAAGAAGAAAAAGAAUAUGUUCCCCAUAAGUCAGGGAAGAAUGACACCCACAGGGGGCAGAUUGUUUUCAACCCUUACAUCCUGUACCACUCAUUUUCUACCACACCAAAGACAACUUUUCAGGUGGGCGGCACAGGUGAAACUGAACACGGCAAUGUAGCUGCCGCUCAGAAUGACAGCAGUCAGUGUUACGGGACAAAAUCUCUCCAAGCAAAAUCUCAGCUACAAAGAUGCACCAAUCAAGGAGAGAAAAACAUUGUCCAAGUGACAAAGUCCACUGUGGACAAAAUGAACAAUAAAGAUUUAGAGAACUCAGUGAUUACCUUGCUCAGUGAAAAUUACCAUCCCGGAACUAACCCAGAAGAAUUGAUGCAGAGCAUGCAGCAGAUGCUGAUGAAAUCAUCUCAGGUUGCAAAACCAAUUCCCCCAACAAGAUCUGUGCAGUCUAGCAAAAGUACCUUUCACAGAUUCCAUCAGAGAUCUACUGUCAAAACAGCGCAGACCUCAAAGGAGCUUUCAAGUUCAUCAAAAGUGCAUAAUGUUGCUGUCACUGAAAUCAGUGGUGCUGAGAACCAACCAAAUCCACAACAGCUUUUCACUGAGAAACCUAUCACUCAGUUUGAGGGCAUCCAAAUGCAAAAUCAUAAAAAUCAUGGGAUUAUUCAAAACUCAGUCAUACACAACUCGACCACUACCCAGCACAGCUCAUCAGUCACUCAAAAGCAGUCAAAAGUUGAGAAGUCAGUCACACAGAACUCACUCGGUAACAGCUCAGGAAAGGCCCAAACCCAAGCAGUUCUUAGGGCAGUAGAAAACUCAUCACAGGUGUGUGCUGAGGUCAAAUCACAGAUGGCAACAGAAACGCUAACCAAAAUGGCUACCUCCGCCAUCCCUAAACAGCUAUCUCAUCAGAGAUUUGCAGCUGACGUGACCAGGCGUGACGUCCAACGCCAGCGGGACAGUGAGGACAAGCUGCGGAGCAUCCAGGAGGCCAAGAGGUCGGUCAGCGCCAGCAUCGCCAAGCAGCAGCAAGAGCGGUCCAACCGGGAGGCGCAGCGGGAGGCGGGCAGGGUGGAGGCCCUGCGGCAGCGCAGCCAGAGGCGGGAGGAGAUUGCUGCCCAGAGGGAGAAGGAGAUCAAGGAUGCCAUCACACGCAGACAGGAGAUUAAACAGCAGAGGCAAGAUGAGCUGACAAGGCGGCAUGUCCAGAAACUCUCUGAGCAAAGUGAGCAGGAGGCCUUACGGGAUGCACAGCGACGAGGCAAUGAGAUCCGGCGCCGGGAAUUCUUCUACAACAAGGAGCAGAAGAACCAGGAAGCCAAGGACCUACGUCUGGCCGUCCGAGAGCAGAAGCAGCACGAUUUGCGCUCCCAGGUGCUACCGUGAGUUUGCGAGGACCCCUUAGUUCACAAGGCCCCCUGAUUCUGUGACCGCCUCAUAGCCAUAUGUCCUCAGUAUGGCUCGGCAGGCACUGCCAUCGGUUGAUGUACUUGGAGCUUGCGAUCUUCAAUUAGAUAUUCAGUGGCUGGAGAUUUGCCCCACUCUUUGUUCCAAAAGUUAAUGAUGUAAUUACCAGAGAUCUCACUUGCCUGACGUGAAACACAAAUUUUGGAUCGCAUAAUUCGUUAGAAAACUUCUAAGGGAUGGCAGAUUCUUCUGUUGGGUGUUUGGCAGCUGACGGACAACAGUCCAUGCAGUACUAGUCUGUGGGCUCCUACUUUGGACGUAAUUUGAUGGACUGCAACCUACUCUGGUGUGGAGGCUUUCGGAUGCCAUACUUACGCAAACAGGGGAGAAAGAGUUAUUUUUGCAAAAGCCGAGGUUCAAUUAUAUUUUGUUUGAAAAUUCGAUUGUUACCGGACCUCUGGAAUCGCUGCAGUUUAUGCAUGUUGUUUUUCUAUUGCUAUAAAUAAUAACAAAGUCCCUGAAUGGGAUUUUCCCUGCAUUCUGCUGCUUUAUCUGUCCUCGGCUGUCAAAGAUUGUAACACCGCUCACUAAAAUCAGCAUGUUGUACUCUCUUUGGAGUAACUCAAUGUAUCUGCACAAACAAAGGGAGAGGUUGAAUCUGUUGUCCUAGGAGUCUAAGUCAAUGUGCUUCGUAUUAAUUGCUGUGAAUUUUGAGGCUCAGGAAUUCUGCACGUUUUUGUGCAUGUAUAUCAAACUUUAAGAAUAGUUGUGUCUGUAUACAUUUACCUGUUGAAAGACGUGUUGUACAAAGAUGCGAUUUUUUAACUGUAAAGAAUUGUUUUAGUUGGUGGGUCACUAUGUACAUUAAAAUGUAUAUGAAUUUGGUAUUUUUUAUAUUUGUUAAUGGACAUGUUUAAGUACACUGUCAUGUACACGUAUUCAGUUGAGAGCAGGCCCAAAUGAUCGAAACAAAUUAUUGUAACUAAUUAAUGAUAUACAUGUAUAAAUAUAUUUUCUGUAAGUAAUUCAAAUACAAACCAUAAGGUGUCACUUUCAAUGACUCCAAAAUAGAUGAAUAAAUUAAAUGAAUGGCUUUGUCAUAGUUUCUUAAAAAUUUUAAGCUACACAUUUCAAAUACGUUACACAAUAAAUUUAAAUCACCUGCAAUAAUUGCAAGAGAGGAUACCAUACAUGGUUUAUGCAUAGAGGGUUGAUGACCUGACAACUGGAGUAAGUCAGGGCAGGGUUUGAAUCCGCAGCCUCCAGGCUACUGGUCAUUCCAUACCAACUGAGUUAUCCCUCUCUGCUGUUGGAGUAGGGCUGGAAGGACCAAGUUUUGUUGAGUGCUGGCAUGCCAUCUUAUAGCCUGCGCAUGUAGGUUCAAAGCCAACUCUUUUUUCAUCAUGUCUGUUAUGUUAGUAUUUAUUCAGUGUCCCUGUGCUACUUAAUCGACAAACUGAUAAGAAAGCAAAUUUAGUUGAACUUUACAGCUCCCGAAAUUUUGAACAGCAAAACUUCUGAAAUAUUCAGAAAUUAGAGUCAUUGAUCAACUACCUAGGGUUUCAUAUGGUUGUCUUUGGAGUAGUCAACAAUACGCUGCUAUUGUAGAAUAAAAUUGAUGAGUGAGGGAGUGGA